AGUUCUAGUGUCGUCACCGACGACGCAGAAGCAAGUAAGUAAGAAAGAGUAGUAUUAGUAGGAAGAGUGCUCCGGUGCCCCAGCUCUGUCACACUCCUCUCCUUCUCCUUCUCCACCUCUGUUGUGCUGCCCGAAUUUUCCAUUCUGAGAAGGAGGAGGAGGAGGUCUUUUCAUUGAAUUUACCGACUUCCCGAAAUUAAGAGAUUCCGAUAAUCGGGGACCACCCGAAUAUACGAUUGGGGAGAUGUGAAGCACUGCUCCUCAUCUUCUCCCUUCAUCCCACUUGUAGCUUUUCUUUCUGUUUCUGUUUCUGUUUAUGUUUCUUCUCUUGGUGUGGGUGUGUGUGGGAAUGUGGAUGUGCAAGACCUGUUCAGGAGGACUCGUCAAUUCCGGAUGCGUGAAAUUGGCUAAGUCCACCACCGAGGAGGAGGAGGAGGACGAGCAGGAGAAGUCGUGAAAGGUCAGAGCCAGGGUUUGGAAGCAGAAGGGGAGGAAGGGAAGGGAAGGGAAGGGUUAGAGCUUCGAUGUCUGGGAUGGGUGUAAGGCAGGCAGGGAAGGCAGAUUGGGAACAAAGGAAUCUGUCGGGAUUCUGAAAUCUAAGGGGAAGGUGGGGUGGAGGCAAACUGGGCGUGCAACCAUUACAGCUUGAGGAUUUUGUCAUCUAGUUUGUUUCGAAUGCUAGUUGGACGUAUUUAAUUCGGGAGUGCACCACCUGGGUAUGUGGCUUGUUGCUUCGAAUCCAUAUUGGAAUGGGAUUCUGGAUACGGCACGCUGGACCAUCGCGAAACAGGGCCUCCUUCUAAUUUAUGGCUGUGAGCAAUUAGGUGUCUUUGAGCGAGAAUUUAUUGGAGGAGAUCGUUGUCAUUUGGAGGAGAUACUGGUGCGGCCUGGGUUGAUUUGCUGGUUCCUCAUGGCACGCAGUCGAUUCUAUGUAUCUCCAAGCUCUUCGCCUCCUCAAUAGCCUGCUUAUGGCGUGCUUUCUUGGUCCUUUGAUUCCCAUCCCGCAUGCCUGCAGGUUUAUCCGACUGGGUGGCUCUGGUGUCGCUCGGAAUUCACACGGCGAUUCUCACGAAUUUGCGAAUUAUAUUAGGUCAGCUCCGAUUCGUGUGGCUACCUGGAUUGCAAGAUUCUCUGACAGAACGGGUGCUCUUACUGUGCUUCAAAAUCCCCGUUUUCUCUUCCUCUGUCUAGCUCUAUGCGUGGUGGCUGUGGCGGGUGAAAAUGUGCAGCGUGAGCCUCUCCUUGUGGUCGCAAUGCUUCAGUCCGGAGAAGGCGCAGGAAAGACUUCGUGUGUACGAAAAGCGAAUGUGUCCUCCCAAUCUCUCAUUUUCGCAGUACCUGGAAGCGUUGCAGUCCACUGGACAGGCUCAAUGCACGACGGUGUGGACUAAGAAAACUGUGGCUUAUCGUUGCCGCACUUGCCAAGUUAAUGACUCUAGUGCUAUUUGCAUGGGUUGUUUCACGAGAGGCCAACAUGUAAAUCAUGACUAUGUAAUGUAUCACAGUGAGUCAGGCGGGUGCUGUGACUGCGGGUAUCCAGAAGCUUGGAAACCUUCUGGGUUUUGUAGUGCUCACCGGAUCGGCAAUCGUCCGGAAUCCAGUGUACCCGCUGAUCUGGAGCGUGUUUCAAGACUUUCAGUGAGCAGCGUUUUGGUUAUGUUUUCGUUUAUCGUCAGCUACAUUCCAGAAACUAAGGGAGGACCACCAGUUUCUACAGAGAAAAAGAUAGAGGUGGCUACUAUUUAUCUCAACUGGCUUAAGAGGCUAUGUUCCGUGGAUGCUCUCCGCAAAAUUGUGUGUUCCGAAAUUGUUCAGAGGAAUGCCAAGGAUAAGGAGAUGCGAGAGCAGGUGAAAACUCCUUUACAGAUUCUAAUGAAAACGUUCGCUAGUAUGCCAGAAGACAUCAUGGAAGGGGAAACAACCUUGUUCCUGCAGAUGCUGUACGAUCCAAAGUUUAAACAGCAGUACUCUGAAGAACUCAUGGAUCACUAUCAAAUGAUGCUCGAGAGCGUGACUGAAAAGAUUGUCAGAAAUGAUGAUCCUCUUGUGAGGCACUUCAAAGCUCUUGAUUCAAGCCUGGAUAGAGUUAUGGUGCAACUUUUCAAUGUUCCCAAUCUGGAGUUGAUCGAGAGCAAGAAUUUACUAAGAUUAUUUGUCAUGGUCUUGGGUAAAAUUUUGAAGCGCUGCUUAGCAAGGGGUACCAACGUCGUGAACCUCAGAGAUCCAAAAAUUGAGAACAAGGUGUAUUUGAGGCCUCAAGGAGACUUGCGUUUGGUUUUUGCUCACCAGUGUGUUACUCAACAUCUGUUUGAAAAGCAGCCUGAUGUCUUUGUGUCUAUCCUGGAUAUUCUUGUCCCACUUCAGUGGAUGAAUCCCUAUCAUCCAGCAAAAUAUGUCGAUUUUGAGGAGAAUACUGAGUGGACAUUGGGUAUUCAACUGGAGAUGCAUAUCAUGGCUAUCAUCUUUCUGCUUAUUUCUGGAUGCUAUUCAAUUCGUAGACCUGAUCUGGAGGAUCCAACUGAAACAUCCAGAAAAACAUUACUAUCAGCGGCUAACUGUACGUUGAAACGUCUGCGUGAAUACUUAAAUGAGGAAUCAACUUUAAAAUUCUUGAGUAGUACAGCCCACAGUGCUCCCGUAUCCCUCCAUGUCCCUUUACACAGGACGUUGAGUGUCGUAUUAGCAAAGCUUGUGCUGUUUCCUUGGAAAGAUGUCAACGACGGAUUUCUCUCUAGUUUGAAUCUGAACUAUUCAGAACAGGAGGUGCUUGCAUUGAUGGAGCAUCCUUUGCGCAUAGUGGUCUGGACGGCACAGAUUCGAGCGAAUCGAUGGACCGACGUGUCUGGUGAACUCAAUCGUUUGGAGCUAAUAUAUCGUGGAAGCUUUUGGCAUGAUCAGUCAAUGGAUAUGGAUAUCUUGUUGUUGCAAUUCUGUACUGUGGCUCGUGAAAACAUGGAGCGUGCUGCAUUUAUGCGUAUGGCCGAGCGCUUUGAGCUUAAGGAGCUAGUGUCCACUCCCCUGAAUGAAAAUGAAGGAGAAAAAUUUCUUUUGGUGCACGAUUUCAUUAAACUAGUUUUGCUGGUUGUUCGUGAACGUCGCAACACGGGAUUGGAGGAGAUGGACUGUCUCCGUUACGAUGUUAUCCAGUGGCUUUGUGUGAAGAAUCAGACGUAUUCCCAGCUCUGUCGUGCUCUGACUGCAACUCCAGUGGAUGAUAAAAAAUUGAGAGAAAUUUUGGAUAAAGUGGCCUAUUUCCACUCUCCUAGGAUUCAAGAGCAAGGGUAUUUCGAGUUGAAAGCUGAGUGCUGGCAAGAAUUUGAUCCGCUGUUUGCCCAUUUUUAUUUAAACGAACUCGAAGAUGCUCAGGAAAGAGCGGUGCACAUCGGGAAACUGCCACAUUAUUGGCGAAUUCGAUCUUUGAGGGGUGUGAAGCCGCCCUACAAUCGUCUCAUCAAUCUUCUCCAUACAGAGGAGUGCCAUCAGCUUUUAUGGAACGUGUUGAACUAUGUCAGCGCUCUGCUUAUGAAUGUUUCUACAUCCACUGCUGGUGAAUCACUUGGGGUUGUAGCCUUGCAAAUGUUGGGACUAGCACUUUUGGAUCGCAGAGAUAAUCCAGAAAAAUUUCCUGUUCCCGCAGAGACUUUGCAAUCACAUCCCGCCUCCUCCAUCGACAUCUUCUAUAAUGUUUAUCGCAGACCUCAAUUUAACCAAAACACCAGGGUUAUGGAGUGGAAAAUUUGUCAGUCAGAGUCUCCUUGUAUAUUGGAUUUGCUCCGCAAAUUGCAAGAUGUGACGAAUGCUCCUCGAUUGGUUGACUCUGCGCACUUUGUAACACAGCUUCUAACGGCGUCUCCAUAUUUCGUAAUGGGUGGGGUUUUGCCAACAAAGGUGGCACUUUUGCCCAAAGCACACGAUCGAGUUGAUACCGCACACGAUGACGAACGACUUCAAAAGAAACAACGGCAGGAAGCUAUCAUGGCUCAAUUUAAAGCCAAGCAGAAUGCAUUCUUGGAGCAAUUUGAAGUCAGCGAUGAGGACGAAAAUGACGGUCCCAGUUUCUCAGACAAUAAUUUAGAAUCAGGGAGUAGUUCUGAGGACCCUUCAACAGAAUAUUCUAGCAUUGGUACGAAAAGUGGAAAAGCUGCCGUGAAGUCAAGUGAAAUCUAUGAGUGUGCAUUCUGUCGGACCGAGUGUGGUGGUAGUGACAAAUCAACAGGGUGGAUCGCUUUUGUGCAACGUUACAAUAUGCCAAAACAUGUCAUAGAGAAGAGAAAGGAAGUAAACAGCAAAGCGCAUGCCGAGGCUAUUGUGCAAAUGGCCAACGUAUCAGAGUACGGCAAUUCAUCAAACGGUUCAGAUGUCAAGCAAUUGGUUGUUUUUAUGGAAGAAAAUAUGAUCGAUCAAAUACCUGCGGAGCAUGUCCGCUGUUGUGGUCAUCAGAUGCAUCAGGAGUGCUUUCAAAGUUACCAUGCUUCUCUUGUAAAAAGCCAUUGUAGCGAGAUAACCUAUGAAGGUAAAGAUAUCAUUGAUCUUCCCAAGACAGAGUUCCUCUGCCCAAUUUGUCGUCGACUGGCAAAUGUGCUACUUCCUAUUGUGCAUCAACCAAGUUUGUCGAAAAUGCUGCAAUUUUGUGUAAAUGAUGAUCUAGAGAACCAAAGAGAGCAUUGGGUGAAGUUUUGGGACAAGUGCAACAACCUACGUGGAGCUUUAGAUCAUUUUGCUAUCCAAAGUUUGAAUGUAAGGUAUAAUUUUCUGAAAGAAGUGGAAUCAAAAGAUUUACCGAAAAGCCCUGUAUUUUGGGAAGUUUUUGCUUCAAACAUUACCCACUGUGAAGUGGAGACCAGAGAGAAGCUUCCGGAAGUUGCUUCAUCUUCCGCAGCCAUGAAUCAGCCAAGUGAUCAGCGCUUGUGGGGUGGAGAUGCAGGGCAUUGGAUUGCCAUUCGGGAGCUGGGAAAACUAGCAAUGGUUUUUAAUACCCUUGAUAAUGGACAAGAGAUGACGACCAAAAGGGAGACGAUCAAGAACAUGUUAACCAAAAUUUCACAGUUUUUGCAAAACGAGGAAAUUUCCAGUCAGAACGAAUAUCUCAGAAUUCUUUUCACCUCUGUGCGUAGUGUUCUUAUCAGACAUCUGAAUAUAAUGGAGGAAACUCUUGACCCGGAAGAGCUGGAGAACUGUAGAAGAAAGGAGGAAUUCUGCCAGUCAAAUGGAACAGUGGAGGCACUACACAGACCAUGUACAAAUGGGUGUACAUCUCUAUCUAUGCACAGGGAUAGCCCUCAUGGGCAGCAACGUCAUCCUAUGCGGUGGACACGAUCAGAGCCUCCAAGGCCGGAAUUUUUCAGAAGAAGAGGGAUGGAUGAAGGGGUUGCACCAUGUGAUGACAUGGAAACGAAAGGAGAAGACUAUGUCACAACACGGAUUAAGGGCAUUUCUUGCAGGAUGCCGCCAGAUCCUGAAUAUUUGGAUGAACCUGUUCUCGUUCCAAUGGAUUUGGAUAGGAGCUCAUUCUUACAAAUUGGCAGUUUAUUUAAUGCAGAUCCGUUUCGACUUCUCGUUGUGAUCCUGAGUGCUUUUCCAGGAUGGCCUAAAGCAGAAGAAAUUCUGCUUCUAGUUAAAUUUUCGUACGUGGUGACUUUGAUUCAGGUUUUGCUAGCCUGUUCUGGACUGGAGGGUAAUGCCAGCAUCAACGUGCUUGACUUGGAAAAAGAAUGGGGUGGUGUCGUUCAACACACAUGCUUGCCGUUCUUGCGGAGAGCAGCGUUGCUGGUUCAAAUCACUGUUGGUGCGGAUUGCAAGCAAAACUAUGCUGGUCUAGGGAGGAGCGUGAUGGAUGCUUCGUACCUGCAACGGGAGUUGGGCCUUGCAGAAUGUCACAAAAUGUUUUUCACAAGCAUUUCAGAAGUUGAUAAUUUUGCGGCAACUUCGGGAGAAACGUCUUUGUUACAACAACUGCGUUUUGAUCAUAAUCUUCUGAACAAGGACUCAAAGUUGAUUCUGAUGGAAGUACCCAAAGAUUUGCAUUUUACAACAUUGCCUUCAGUUUACCAGGAUCUAAUGCUGCGGAGUAUUAAUGAGAAGUGCAAGGAAUGCGACUCUGUACCAUUGAAUCCGGCAAUUUGCCUCGUAUGCGGUGUCUUCUUUUGCUUUGCCAGUGAGUGUUGCACGAAGGAAAAUAUGGAGGAAUGCUCACGUCAUGCUGAAUCUGAGGGUUGCGGGAUUGGAAUAUUUUUAUUCAUGCACUCGACACAGUUGGUGCUCAUUCGUGGCGGUCGAGUCUGCAUGGCACAUUCCAUUUACUUGGAUCAAUACGGAGAGGGUGCGUGUGGAGAACGGCAAGACGAAUCGGACUCAUCUGAUGAGCCAGAGGACAUGUUGUUGAGGCGUUGUCAAUUACUACAUCUGAGCAAGCUUCGAUUGAAUGAGGUGAGGCGCUUGUGGUUGACAGCAGGUUUUGACUCGGACACGCUCAUCCUACAUAAUUCUCGACACUCUUCGAGAGUCCUCUGAACCAUACGACACAAUAUUAUUUUAUUUUAUUUAUUUUUCACUUCGCUACCACAACUGGAUCAGUAGUGUUGGAGGGAAAUUUACCAGGUUUUUACACAUUGACACAACGGAUCAGCGGAGUUGAUAGUUGGUAGUCUAGCUUAUGUGAGAAAGGGCAUUUCAUUCGUCAUCCCCUCUCUGUAAGGUUAUUUUUGCCACAAGGAAUCCGAAUAGUACCAUGUGGAAAUGAGUUGUGGCUACUGUUAACUCUGUGGACAUCUGGGGUUUUGCGCUCCAUGUUAGAUUGGAAAUUGAAUGAGGAGCAGUGACCAUUGCUAGGUUUAGAUGCGUCUUAGGAAUAUGAUAAAGUACUGAAUUGUUCAGGCAGUUUAACUAUGAGAACAUGUACAUAACUAUGGAAAUCCAUUUUUGACACUUCAAGUUAUAGUUUUCCUCCAUAGGAACUUAA